ACCUACUAUAGAGGGCGCUACGGUAGACGAGUACUUCCUGUUAUGGUUUGCUGUAAAGCGGUGUUUGAAUGUAGAAUGGAGAAAACUAUGUAGAAGCAUGUCGGUCCUUCAAGUCUUCAUGUGGAUAUGACCAGUUUUAGGACAGCACUUCAAGCUGUACAAAAAUGGCACAGAAAGACCACAAGGAGCAGAAGAUCAGCAGUCACCUGAGUUCCGAGUCCAUCCGGGUCAUUGCAGAGUCCGUCAGUUAUGGCGGUAUUCCUGACGAGGCUGCAGUACAUCUGGCAGAGGAUACAACAUACAGAAUCAAAUUAUUAUUACAGGAGGCUGUAAAAUUUAUGCAUCAUGGAAAGAGGAGAAAACUUUCAACAGCUGAUUUUGACCAAGCUUUAAAAGUGAAGAAUAUAGAGCCGGUGUAUGGCUUCCAACAGUCUACAGAGUUCAUACCCUUCCGGUUUGCCAGUGGAGGAGGGAGAGAACUACACUUCACUGAGGAGAAGGAAAUGGAUCUACAAGAUGUCAUUAAUUCCUCCCUUCCUAAAGUACCACUAGACUUGUCACUUAAAGCUCACUGGCUAAGUAUAGAUGGAGUUCAACCCUCGAUCCCAGAGAACCCCCCUCCUGCCACCAAGGACCAGCAGAAGAGUGAGAUUUUAGACACUGGGGUGAAGAGUGCCAUCGAUAAGAUUCAGAAACCAAAGGCCAUGAUUGAGACUGUAAAAGCCAAACAUCGUCAUAAGGCAGCUGAUCUUGCUAAAGUGAAGGAGCUUUCCACCCAUGAACUUUCUGUGGAACAACAGUUGUACUACAAGGAAAUAACAGAGGCUUGUGUCGGUCCAGACGAGGGUCGUCGCUCGGAGGCACUACAGAGCCUUGCUACUGAUCCAGGCCUCCAUCAAAUGCUUCCACGUUUUAGUAGCUUUAUUUCAGAAGGGGUGAAAAUAAAUGUGGUACAGAACAAUCUAGCUCUGCUGAUAUACCUGAUGAGAAUGGUGAAGUCUUUAAUGGACAACCAAACACUGUAUCUAGAAAAAUACCUACACGAGUUUAUCCCAGCAGUGACCACCUGUAUUGUAAGUAAACAGCUGUGUAUGAGGCCCGAUGUUGACAAUCACUGGGCCCUGAGAGACUUUGCUGCACGUCUUAUGGCACAGAUAUCCAAAAACUUCAGUACCAACACCAACAACAUCCAGGCUAGGAUCACCAAGACUUUCAGCAUGGCUCUUCAGACUGAUAAGAUAGCGUUGGCAACACAGUAUGGGGCCGUAGCUGGUCUGGGAGAACUCGGCUCUGAGGUGAUCAAGUCCUUCCUGUUGCCACAUGUAAACUCCCUAGGCGAGCACUUAAAACAGACAGUUGAUGCUGUAGUUCUGAACAAUGUGGACAAAAUCGCAGCAGAUAACAUCAAGAAGAUGCUCACAAAAUACAUACCGCCUGUCCUAAAAGUCAGCAGAAGUCCCAACAACAGCCUCGACAGUUAUAUCGCUGAGUUUGGCUAUGUUGGUCAACUUUUGUUUAAUGCUGUAGAGCGGGAGAGGCGGUCAUCAGGCAGUGGUCAGUCUGCAGGACCUGGUCCAGGCAGACCCUCUGUCCAUAUCCCACAGCCGAGGAUGGUAAUCCACCCAGGAUCACAGCCUAGCACCCCUUCCACACCUCGUCAGCUCUCGCUCUCAAACAGCAUCAGCAUACCGAAGACACCAACCACACCUUCCAUUGGGGGUCAACAGAAAUUUGUCAUCAUGUCCUCUCAGCCUCGUCCACCCCCACCCUCCAAUAAUCCUCUCAGCAUGACGAGUGGCACUGCCGGAACAACCAUCGUCAAGGUCAUGUCCUCUGGAGGUCAGGGGUCAACAACCAGCUCUGGAUCGACACCAUCGACACCCCAGCCUAAGAUUGUGGUUGUGUCUAUGCCCCAGGGGAGCGCGUCGUCCAUACCAACCCCCGGGGUGCCAAGCACCAGUAUUCUGGGACCUGACAUGGGCGUGAAAAGUGUGUUCAGUGCACAAUCUGCUACAAAUUUCUCUCUAAAAAAGGAUCAUGACAAUAAUUGGUCCUGACCAGAGCAUAUCCGUCAUUAAUAUUGUUUACUGUUGUGUUUUGUCAUUUUGAUCAUUUCAUUUGAUAAGUCUUAAAUCGUAAAGUGACAAAUGACUUCAUACAGAAUGCAAUAUGGUUUCCCAUAUUAUUGUAUGGCCUAGACAAAUAAGGGAGACAAUUAUGUAUGUAUACAUGUAAUUUUAUAUGGCUUUCUCAUAAAGUAUACUAAAACAAUCAAAUUUGGUUUAUAUUUAAAUUAUAUGGCAUACAACUCAAAGACAAAAUUAUAAUUUGGAAUGCUUUGGCUGAAAAUAUGCAAUAUUUAUUUUUGUGAGUUUAGAAAAAAAGGAGAAACCCUUUAACAUUUUGAAUCGUUCAAUAAACAAUGAAAGUUCUCUAAGAUAAAAUAGGGAUAUUUUGCCAGUUGAAUAAACUCCAGAAUUCUUUUCAAAAUGUGUACAUGUAUGUGUUUUGGGACUUUGAAUCCAAGAUGAGACGAGGCAUUUGUAAUAUUAAUAAAAGUAGGCCAAGGUAAUUUUCCUAUAUUUUACUUUUUUAGAUAUAAAUGUUACUGGUACAGAUAUUUCUGUCCAGUAAAAGGGUAAAAACAAAUAUUUAUUACAACAUAAUCAUGUUGUACAAGUGCAGAUAAGAAGAAUUAUGAGAAACAUUAAAAGAUUUCAAUUUUUUCAUUUUUUUACAUUGAAAAUAUUUUUAUGUGCUAUAUACAAGUAGUCCUACAAUAUAUCAACUGAAUUAUCAAUUGAGAUACUGAAAACUGCUUGAAUAUCAAUUUAAAAAAAUGUUGUUUUUUUUUAGUUUCUUGAUUUUUUCUAGUUUUUUUAUCAAAUAAAUAUACAGUUGCUUUAUUUAUUCUCAAUUAUGGUUAGAAUGUUUUGUGGAAUACUGAAGAACCUCGUCUUCGGUAAGUGUGUAAGGAGUAAAUAAUGUUGACAGUGUUAGGACCUUUAUCAGUGUACAAUGUAGUAAAAUGUUUAUAAAACUGAUCAUUAAGGGAAUUUCAAGUGUUUGUGGUGUCUGUUUUACAAUAUAUGUUUGAUCUUUGCAGAAGGACAGCAGUUCAAUGAUUAAAAACCAGAGGUUUAUUUUAAAUGAUAAUUUAUAUCAUCACAGAUGAUAUAAGGUAGUCCUUGCCAAACUGGCCAUGAUAAAGUGUUCAUCUGACUAGGGUAUGUGUCAAGUAGUCGUCCAUUUGUCAUUACUCAUAAAAUAUCUCAUCAUCGGUUAAGUCGUGGCGUUCUCUGCCUGCUUGCCCAGUAUAAUCACGAGCGAUUACUGUGCUCAUUGACCCGUAGUUUGGUUUUAGGUCAGUCAUAUUCAGAACAAUGUAUUUAAAAUGAAAAGGAUUAAAGAAUUACCCAAUA